AUGUCAGAUUCUGGUCCUGAAAGUCGAGACGAAGCAUCCAAUGCUGUUGUCGAGUCAGGGCAUCAUGUAUCGCCCCGGCAGAACGGUAUGAUGACUCAUCAGCCCGAGGCUGGUCCGUCUAGACCUCCACCACCACCCUUACCUCCCAUGGUCGAGAAGCUCUUUGCGACUGAUAUUCAGUUGAUCAAGCAAGAGUUGCACGAUGCGCUGGGCGAAGCGGGUUUGGCUUACUGGAAGACUUUGAAUGGAUAUCUUCUGGGACAAAUUGGGAAGUCUGAGCUUGAGGUCAUGGUGAGAGGAUGGCUGAAAGGAUCCAAAGUGCAACUGCAUAAUCAGUUCAUGAUGGCCUUAUUGUAUCAUGCUGGAAUACCUCAUGCCCCGUCUAGCGGUGGGAAGAAGAGGAAAAGAGUAGGACCUGAAGAUCCAGACUACGACGUCAACGAAUACAUCAUCGAGCCGAAAGCUAGAGUCCAACAGUGGAUGCAAGGUAUCGGUGGAAGAGAGCGAGCGAGGAUACGAAGAGCUGUCAUCGGAAGACAGGGUCAAGAUGAGGAUACAGCAGGAGAGGCAGACCCCUCAUCGAACAAGAACUGGGGAAUUCAAGCUGGCAAUACUAUGCCUCCUCUCGCAGUGUCAGCAAAGCAAUUACCAGCAUCUCAUCAACUUUCACACCGCCUGUCUCAACUCGCCAAAGCUUAUGACUUGAACCUUGCGCCGGAUGCUCUCUCAGCCAUUGGCGAAUUCAUGGCGGUGGAACUCGAUGCCCAUCUCUCGGAUAUUUUACAUGCCUAUGUUCACCUCGCAGCUAGGGAUCGGAUAGGUUCCGAUACUCUUCACGUUCCACCUGGUCUCAAUCCAGAUCUCGAUCUUGACGUCAAGGUCGAAGAUGGUGGCAUGACGAAACCAGAUCUCGACAGGCUUAGAGAUCUGUUCACUUUAAAUCCUGGAUUGCACCCGUCCACUUCGCCAGCGUUGUAUAAGCUCGCCUCGUCCCUUUCACAAGCCGAAGCAGAGUACAAUUCUUCACCUCUCAAACUUGAGCGGAAGCCAUCACUUACACCUGAGAUCGAUGUCACGCCUCAAGUGAAUGGUGAUCGGGCCGGACCCAUGAUGAAGAAGCUGGUCAAUGAUGGACUCGUCAAAGUUGACAAUGUCAAGAAGGGGGAGGAUGGGGAAGUCGGAGGUAAAAAAGAUAAGAAGCAUAACCUACAUUGGAGGUACGAGGAUCCAGCGCUGAUACUCAAGGAUGUGUUUGGGUAA